AUGCAUCGUGUCGACAGCUUUAUCAAGGAAUCCCAAAGACUUAACCCUGUGGCCAUCUGUAAGCGCACCGUCGAACCAUCAGUCCUUCUGAACCGCAUCCUCAUGAAGGACCACAUCUUCUCUGAUGGCACCGCGAUCCUGAAAGGUACCAGCAUUGGCGUUGCCACGGACACUACCCAUCUCAACGCGGAUAGAUAUGAAGACCCUCAUCGCUUCGAUGGCUUCCGUUUCGUCAAACUCAAGGCACGAAACCUUAGCCACUCACCCAGUAGUUCCUUCUCCCAGACAAACAAGUUUGACAUUACCAACACCAACUCUGAUUCUCUCGGCUUCGGGCUCGGAAGACACGUCUGCCCAGGGCGAUUCUUCGCCGCGAGCGAGUUGAAGAUCAUGCUCGCGCAUGUUGUGGUCAUGUACGAUAUGAAGUUGGCAGAGGGAAAGAGGCCCGAUAAUGUGUGGCUUUCUGUGACUUGUGUGCCAAACCCGACGGCACAGGUUUUGUUCAGGAGGUGCGGCGUUGCAUGA